AUGAGAGGAAAAUUUAGGAAGAAUGCUAUUUUGGGUCUCAACAUGGGGGGUGGUAGGAGGCUUAUGGAGGUAAUUGAUAUUAAAGAGGAGGUCAAGAAUCAUUUUUGGAAGAGGUUUUUCGAACCGGUUCUUAAUAUAUCGGUUUUGGAUUGGGCGGCUUUCAAUUCUUUGUCGAAUGCGAAUAGAUCUUUUCUUGAAGCUCCCUUUCUUUUGGAGGAUGUUAGAGAGGUUAUGUGGUUAAGCAGUUGUGAUAAGAGUUCGGGUCCGGAUGGUUUUUCUCUUGGUUUUUUUAGAAAGUGUUGGGUGUUUAUGAAGGAUGAGGUUGGGAAUUUUGUUAAUGAGUUUCAUAAGAACAGGUUUCUUCCUAAAGCAGUUACAGCUUCCUUUAUUGCUUUGAUUCCUAAGACGGAUAAUCCGCAAGGCAUUGAUGAGUUUAGGCCUAUUUGUCUUGCGGGUUGUUUGUAUCGUCUCAUUUCAAAGCUUUUGGUAUCUAGAUUGAAAGUGGUUAUUAAGAAGUUGGUUUCUUCUUCUCAAACGACAUUCAUUGAAGGGAGGCAAAUGGUGGAUGGGGUUUUGGUUUUGAAUGAGGUGUUGGAUUAUGCUAAAAGGUUCAAGAAGGAAUGUUUAGUGGUGAAGGUGGACUCUGAAAAUGAUUUUGAUUAUGUGUCUUAG